CUUCUAGCUAGCCGUUGGUCUCUAAGUUUUACUCACUGAAAAUGCUUCGCAAAACUCCAAAAUAUGUGAGGAAGAGGAAGGUGUUCAAAGGAGAUCAAUACCAGAUAUUACAGAAGAGUAACAUGAAUGCUGGAGAGGUGCCAGAAGAACUAACAGCUAAUUCAGAGAUCGAGGAAGCUUUCCCUGAAUAAUGUUUGGACAGCCCUAUUUUUGGCCCUGGUCCCACAUGUGAAGAUCCGCGUCAUUAGUGGCCCACAACUUGCAGCUGCUUUGCAAAAGGCUCACGUGUGUCUGGGAGGGCAUCUCAUUCCUCUGGAGAAUUUGUCAAAGAGGAAUGGGUUGAACUGCGCCAUGGUCCUUGGUUGCUCCAUUUGCAAGAAGGAGAGGACAUUCUCUUCAUCAGAAAAUGAAUGCGAAGGACGUGGAAAGUCUGCAGAAAUAAACCGCAGAGCUACUCUGGCAACAACGGAGGUUGGUUUGGCACGGGAUAGCUUGUGCGACUUGCUGACCAUCCUCGGAACAGCCCCACUAGUCGAAGCCCCUAGCUACAACAGGCACAUAGCCACUUUAUCUUCCUUAUCCCAAGAGACCAGUAAGGAUCAGAAGAAAAAGGUGGCAGCAUGCCUACGUCAAAGGGCCAUGGACAAGGAUCUGACCAUCAGGGAAAAUGAGUGGACGUGGCAGUGCCCUACGAUGAAACAUGGCAUAGACGAGGUUACACAUCGAAUCAUGGGGUGGGGGUAGUGAUACCGAUCGAUACAGGGGAGAUUUUUUGACACAGAGGGUCUAUCAAAAUCAUGUAAACAGUUUGAGUAUAGAAAGGGUUGGGUCUUCAGUGUUCUCAGCCAGAGGGACCUUGAUCGCCUUCAGAGACUCCAAAACUGAGCAGCAAGGCUUGUCUUUUCUGCUCCUCUUCGAACUCACAUACAACCUCUUUGACUUAAACUUCAUUGUACAUGCUUAUACAAUGUUUUAGAACAUUUCUGUGCUGCAACUCAGUGCCUUAGUUUUUAUUGUACAUGUUUAUAUAUUUUUAACUUGCCUUUCAUUUUAGUCAUGUUUACACACACACUAUAUAUGACAUUUUAGUUAUUUAGAGGAACUAGGGUGAUAUAUAUGUGGGUAUUUAUUACACCUUAGUAGAAUAAGUCCAAGUAAUAUGUGUUGCAAUUAUGAACUUGCCUUUCAUUUUAGUUUGUAGUGUGCAUGUUUAUGUGAUAUAUUUUUUACUUGCCUUUUAUUUUAGUUUUUAGCAUAUGUACAUGCAUACAACUUUUGAUAUAAACCAAAUACAUCCUGCCGCUUUCAUUCAA